UUUGCGCUCGACCGAGGUCCUUCAUGUUUCUUUCGUUCUCUUUUUAUUCUCUCAAGUUUCGAUCUUGGUGCCGGCUAUGAGACCUUCGCGAAAAAAAUCUUUCCCAGUGAGUGACUCGUGAGGCGGGACCUUCUUUUUUUUUCUUCUUUUUUUUUAUUACUAAAGAGGGUAACCCCGUCACAGUUAGUGUUCAUAAAAAAAAAAGAAAAAUAUUUAUAUAAAUAAGAAAAUAGAGGAGAGCCGAAAUAUUUUUUCCAUCAAAUUCAACAGAAUGGAAGAACAACUUGGCCAUUAUUGAAAUGUGAAAAACAAAAAAGAAAUUAUUCCUGAGAGAUGAGAGAAGAAGUAAGGGUCAGGUGGUUAUUUUCGCAUUGGGACCAACGGUAGCAGCGCCUAGGUCAAAAUGAACCUGAUCAACAUGGACGCGGAGAACCGCGUGGUUCUGAAUGUGGGCGGCAUAAGGCACGAGACCUACAAGGCGACGUUAAAGAAAAUCCCGGCAACGAGGCUGUCGAGAUUGACCGAAGCCUUGGCCAACUAUGACCCCAUCCUCAACGAGUAUUUUUUCGACAGACAUCCGGGAGUGUUCGCACAAGUUCUCAAUUAUUAUAGAACGGGCAAAUUGCAUUAUCCCACCGAUGUCUGUGGACCAUUAUUUGAAGAGGAACUGGAUUUUUGGGGCCUUGAUUCCAACCAGGUCGAGCCUUGCUGUUGGAUGACGUAUACACAGCAUCGAGACACGCAAGAGACUUUGACAGUAUUGGACAGGUUAGACCUCGAUACAGAAAAACCGAGUGACGAAGAACUGGCAAGGAAGUUUGGAUUCGAGGAGGCCUACUAUGAAGGUACUCUAACGUGGUGGCAAAAGCUCAAACCAAAAAUGUGGUCUCUUUUUGAUGAACCUUACUCCUCAAAUGCUGCCAAGAUAAUCGGCGUCGUAUCUGUGUUCUUUAUCUGCGUGUCGAUUCUCUCCUUCUGCCUGAAGACCCAUCCGGACAUGAGGGUACCGAUAAUUGUCAAUAGAUCGGCAAAAGUUGGCAACGAAACAAAAUGGGUAUUGGACAAAACCCAUACAAACGCCCACGAUGUCUUCUUUUACAUUGAAUGCAUAUGCAAUGCAUGGUUCACACUUGAAUUUCUCAUAAGAAUAACAGCAAGUCCAAAUCGUUGUGAUUUCAUCAAGAGUUCAGUGAAUUUAAUCGAUAUGAUUGCGACAUUGAGUUUUUACAUUGACUUGGCAUUACAAAAAUUCGCCUCACAUUUGGAGAAUGCCGAUAUAUUGGAAUUCUUCAGUAUCAUUAGGAUAAUGAGACUAUUUAAAUUAACGAGGCAUUCGUCGGGUUUGAAAAUUCUCAUACAAACAUUCCGUGCCUCCGCUAAGGAAUUAACCCUCCUGGUGUUCUUCCUGGUGCUCGGCAUCGUCAUCUUCGCGAGUCUGGUUUAUUAUGCUGAGCGUAUUCAAUAUAAUCCAAAAAAUGAUUUUAAGAGUAUACCGCUUGGCCUUUGGUGGGCUCUGGUCACAAUGACCACCGUCGGCUAUGGGGACAUGGUGCCAAAAACUUAUGUUGGAAUGUUUGUGGGCGCCCUCUGUGCCCUGGCCGGCGUACUCACAAUCGCCCUGCCAGUGCCCGUGAUCGUCAGCAAUUUUGCGAUGUAUUACAGUCACACGCAGGCGCGAGCUAAGCUCCCGAAGAAGAGACGUCGAGUUCUACCAGUAGAGCAACCCCGGGUCCGAGCGCCCGGGGCUCCCGGGGGAGGCGGUCCUGGAGGUGGUCCCAUUGGUAGUGGACCACAAGCCGCCCUCCUACCCCCAGGAGCUGGAGGUUGCGGUGGUACAACGGGCGCACAAAAUCGUCGGACUAACGCUAUUAAGACCAAUCAUCCUAAGGAUCCAUUCGCCAGUAAAACAGAUGACGAUAGGAGGAACUCCAACCUACGGACCAACGGGACCAAAACAACCGGAGGUUUGGGGUAAAAAGGUACCAAAGAAAUUCCUGCACUGCCGCGUUGUUUUCGAGUUUCCUCGACUGAAUUUUUAAAGGAAUGGUAAAUGGGCGAGAGUGAAAAAUGAGGAUAUCAACAAAAAAAAGAAGAAUAUCAUUGUACAGUGAUGAGUAUUAACUUGAGGACAUAUAUUGUAAAAAAGGGGAUGGAUAAUCGACGACGAGGGGUUAAAAAAAGCAAAAAAAAAAAAAAAAAUCGCAAACAGAUUAAAACAAGGAGAUCGUUAUCAUCUUCGAUUCCCAUAUAAUGUUAUUUUGCUGACACAAACACACAAAUCGAAUGACUUUAUCAAUCACCAUCAUAUAUACAUAUAGCAUGCUACGCACCAUCUCCCCGUCUAGGGUGUCACUCAAAAGUUAAAGCGUAUAUAAUUUUUUUUUUCCUCCCUAUUAUCAAAAUUGACAAGACGUAACAUUAUACCUAUACUCUUAAAAGAUAUUCUAAAAUUGUACGAAAUUUGUUUAUUCUGUUAAUACUUUGUCAUCGAUUUUGGAAUAUUUUUCCCCCAACAUGGAAAAAUAUAGUCUUGUCAUUUUUGAAUCAAUCAAUAUAUAUAUAUUACAUAGGUAUACCAUUUUCAUAUUAAACAAAAAAAAGAAUUUUUUUUUUUACCCACUUUGGGAUUCAUUAUUGUACAAAUAUUUGUACAUUGUAUAAUAUUAUGUAAAAUAAAAUUGUACAGGACUAGAGUUGAGAAAAAGAAAAAAUAGUACAAUAUAUCUUUCAAAUAUAGUAGGAAUAGAAUAAUAUAUUUAUUGUCGUAAGUAAAUAAAUUUUUUUUUUUCAAUACCAAAAUUCGGGAAAUUCGCUAUCGAUAUCCUGCAUUAUGGUCAAUUUUCUACGAUUGAGGUAACAUAUCAGCUCAUUUUUCUUCAAAUUUUAAAUUUGUAUAUUUUACUUUGUAAAUGCGAUUAUAAUAAAAAAUUUGAAUUUACUGAUUUUUUGUUCACGCAC